CCUUCAACUUCCUUGGUAACCCACAUGGAAACAGUUCUUAUCAUACCUCACUGAAACAGAUCGCAUCUGUUUGUUUUGUUUUACCGCGCCAAUUCUAAAUGUGAAUAAAUAACGAUCAGGAAGGGAGUAUUUUUGUUUGCAUUUGUUACUUUAUUAUAAGACGUUCAUAAAAUACACAGCCAUGAAGAUCGAGGAAGUCAAAAGCACCACGAAAACCCAGCGCAUCGCGUCUCACAGUCAUGUGAAAGGACUCGGGCUAGACGAUGCCGGGAACGCAAAGCAAAAUGCGUCAGGUCUUGUUGGACAGGAGACCGCAAGAGAGGCUUGUGGUAUCAUUGUGGAACUGAUCCGCUCAAAGAAGAUGUCGGGAAGGGCAGUUUUACUUGCUGGACCUCCCGGUACAGGAAAGACCGCCUUGGCUUUGGCUAUGGCACAGGAGCUCGGCAACAAGGUGCCCUUCUGCCCCAUGGUGGGCAGUGAGGUCUACUCUUCUGAGAUCAAGAAAACAGAGGUGCUAAUGGAGAACUUCAGGAGGGCCAUAGGGUUGCGUAUUAAGGAGACCAAGGAGGUGUAUGAGGGGGAGGUCACAGAGCUGACCCCCUGUGAGACAGAGAACCCCAUGGGUGGUUACGGGAAGACCAUCAGCCACGUCAUCAUCGGACUGAAGACCGGCAAGGGCACCAAGCAGCUCAAGCUGGACCCCAGUAUUUAUGAGAGCCUGCAGAAGGAGCGUGUGGAAGCGGGAGACGUCAUCUACAUUGAAGCAAACAGUGGCGCCGUCAAGAGACAAGGUCGGUGUGACACAUUUGCCACAGAGUUUGACCUGGAGGCUGAGGAGUACGUGCCGCUGCCUAAGGGGGACGUCCACAAGAAGAAAGAGAUUAUCCAAGACGUCACGCUACACGACCUGGAUAUUGCCAAUGCUAGACCACAGGGAGGUCAAGAUAUCCUGUCUAUGAUGGGACAGCUGAUGAAGCCCAAGAAGACCGAGAUCACAGACAAGCUGCGAGCUGAGAUCAACAAGGUGGUAAACCGCUACAUUGACCAGGGUGUGGCUGAGCUGGUCCCUGGGGUGCUGUUUGUGGACGAGGUGCACAUGCUGGACAUCGAAUGUUUCACCUACCUGCACCGAGCUCUGGAGAGCACCAUCGCACCCAUCGUAGUAUUCGCCUCCAACAGGGGCAACUGCCUCAUCAGGGGGACAGAGGACAUCAGCUCUCCUCAUGGCAUUCCCCUGGACCUGCUGGACAGAGUCCUGAUCAUCCGCACCAUGCUCUACACACCGCAGGAGAUGAAGCAGAUCAUUAAGAUUCGUGCUCAGACUGAGGGGAUCAACAUCAGUGAGGAGGCCCUCAGUCACCUGGGAGAGAUCGGAACCAAGACCACACUCCGGUAUGCGGCUCAGCUGCUGACCCCAGCCAGUCUGUUAGGCAGAGUCCAGGGGAAGGAGGGAGUAGAGAGGGAGCAGGUGGAGGAGAUCAACGAACUCUUCUACGAUGCCAAGUCCUCCGCUAAGAUCCUUCAGGACCAGCAGCACAAGUACAUGAAAUAAAGAACUAUCGUCCACUCCCUCCACCCUUCUCUACCUCCCUUCAUCCUCACUUUCUACCACAAGGCAUCAAAUGUCUGUAAACCCUGACAGUCUCUUUUUCUCUCCUCAUUCUCCUUCAUGUAAAGUUCAUCCUGCUCUUUCUUGUUUCUCUCAUUCCAGCCUUCCUCUCAUCCUUUUGUUCCGAGCCCCCAUCAAGCUGCCCCAUCUGUGCAUCAUCCACUGUAGUAGUUUAUUACGUUCAGAUAAAUACAUUGUUAUAAAGGUUCUUUGCGUGUUAAUAAAAUUACAUUUUUUCAAUAAAACUGAAAACUUGA